UCCUUGCAAAAACUCGUCUUGAUAGAAACAACAUCGAGACUCGGGACAUUACUUUACCUCGAAUUCCAUUUCCAAGAAUCGCGUAUUUACUUGAUUGGCCUCUAGGCCUGCUCGGUCGUACCACGGGGUGGGGAGGAUGAAUGGUGGGUUCUUGGCUUUUCCGAUUUCUGCGAGCCAGUACGCUAAUCACGGUCGAAGCUAACGGUCGCGUUCGACCUUGUUUCGCGAAUUUAAAUUUCUGCGAACUCGUUCGAAGUGCUGUGAUCCUUCUACGAUGCCACAACUGGACAACCACACUGGACGUGUUACGAGGACAGGGCGUGCUGACCAGACCUCAAUGCGUGGUCGAGAAGUACCACCUCUGGAAUCAACGCCAGAUCACUGAACCUAAAGAAACCCUAUCGAGUUCCUGGAGUAGAGGAGUAUUCAAACGAGCGGAUCAAAAGAGCAGUCCGGGAGCGUUAAAAGCAGGAACACAACGAGUGUCAAAAAUCGUGCAAGUCUUGAAAAUACAACGAACGGCUGCCGCAAGGACAUAUCUCUCGCUCCCAAAUCUCCCAGACGGUCCCAGAGAUCCUAAAGCUGGACGUCGAGAUUUCCAUAUCCCCCACGGAAGGUCGUCUCUUGGUGGAAGCUCCAAGUGUCCCGUCAGCGUUCGCCACGGUGAGACGCAUUAGUUUCGAGGACGUCGACUCGAGCUGUUCCCACGUAGGCCAGAGGAGUUCCUCGUAGAUGUAAACCAUCGAGGGACAAGGAACGUCAAGACCGUCGGGUUCGUUUGGGGCGCAGGGUAAAAUUAGGGCCGACAGAAAGUUGAGAAAUGAAAAUCUCGAUCGCGGAAAGUACUGCCGAAGGGCGACGGCACGAGCAAAUGGGAAAACGUAGUAGAAUAUUACGAAAGUUUCUUUUCGCGUACAAAGUCGAGUCUCUUCGGCCCCGCCCGAUCCAGAUUAAGGGGUGCCCGCUGAAAGAACGGCGAUCGUGCUUCAGGAUUUUUCGCACUUCUAAAGACCGUUCGCUACCCCCUUCGUCGUUCAUUUUUCUCUCUGUCCGUCCUCCAAUGGUUUCUCCCUUACGGCUGAAAAGUUUCCCGCGGCCACGAUGGUUUUCCUAUUUGCCGCGGGCACGACGGAUCGCCAGUCGGGGAGUGGGUCGCAGUUUUUGUAUCGGUGGCCUCCUCGCAACCCACACAUUUGAUUGUGCCGCGACGUGACUGAAAUAAACCUGCUGGACUACCGUUUCGUGUCUUGAGAAUCGCCACUGUACUCGGUGAACAAUAUUUACAGAAGAAUACUAAUUUUG